GUCUCCGAGAGAUGUGGAGCCGACCUGCGCACACCGCACUAGCUCUUAAGGACACUGAGCGCGUGCGCAGGCGCGGGGUGCGAUAGGAGCGAGCGACCAAGGUGGCGUUGGAGCGGAGUGCUGAGCGGUCACCAGCUCUGGGCGCGAUGAGACCCGGAGAGGAGCAGCCUGUGGUGCGGGGCGCCUGCGACGGCGUCUCGGAGCUGGAGCUGCUGAAGCUGCGCGCCGCGGAGCGCAUCGACGAGGCGGCCGAGCGCCUGGGGACCCUGAGCCGCGCCAUCUGGAGCGAGCCCGAGCUGGCCUACCAGGAGCACCAUGCCCAUGGCGUGCUGACCCGCUUCUUCGAGGACGAGCCACCGGCCGCCUCUUGGACGGUGCAGCCGCACUACCAGCUGCCCACGGCCUUCCGUGCGGAGUGGGAGCCGCCUGCGGCCCCGCCGGCGCCGCGCCCGCUGCACCUGGGCUUCCUCUGCGAGUACGACGCGCUGCCGGGCAUCGGGCACGCCUGCGGCCACAACCUUAUCGCCGAGGUCGGGGCGGCGGCGGCGCUGGGCGUGAAGGGGGCUCUGGAGGGCCUCCCCGGGCCUCCUCCGCCCGUAAAGGUAAUUGUCCUGGGAACUCCUGCAGAAGAAGAUGGUGGUGGCAAAAUUGAUUUAAUUGAAGCAGGGGCUUUUAAAAAUCUUGAUGUUGUCUUUAUGGCCCAUCCAUCCCAAGAGAAUGCUGCUUAUCUACCUGAUGUGGCUGAACAUGAUAUGACUGUGAAGUACUAUGGAAAAGCAUCUCAUGCUGCUGCUUAUCCCUGGGAGGGAGUCAAUGCAUUAGACGCUGCUGUCCUUGCUUACACCAAUCUGUCCGUGUUAAGACAGCAAAUGAAACCAACCUGGAGAGCUCAUGGUAUAAUAAAAAAUGGUGGUGUAAAACCCAAUAUCAUUCCUUCUUAUUCUGAGUUAAUCUAUUACUUCCGUGCACCUUCAAUGAGAGAACUUCCAGUUUUGACCAAAAAGGCAGAAGAUUGCUUCAGAGCUGCAGCUUUGGCUACUGGGUGCACAGUAGAAAUUAAAGGUGGAGCACAUGAUUAUUACAAUGUCCUUCCCAAUAAGAGCCUAUGGAAAGCUUAUGUUGAAAACGGGGAAAAGCUAGGAAUAGAAUUCAUUUCAGAAGAUGAUGCAGUUUUGAAUGGCUCUUCAGGGUCUACUGAUUUUGGAAAUGUUAGUUUUGUGGUUCCUGGGAUUCAUCCAUAUUUUUACAUUGGAUCUGAUGCCUUGAAUCAUACAGAACAAUAUACUGAAGCUGCAGGAUCACAAGAAGCUCAGUUCUACACUUUGCGUACAGCCAAAGCUCUGGCAAUGACAGCGUUGGAUGUUAUUUUUAAACCAGAGUUGCUGGAAAGAAUCAGAGAGGACUUUAAGUUGAAACUUCAAGAAGAAGAGUUUUUAAAUAGAGUAGAAUAAAAGGAAGAUUUAAAAGCCACUUAUGGAUCAUUAAGAAGAUGUGAUGAUUUUUUUUCUUAAUCUUUUUGAUGAAGGAGGUGGGCAUGCUUAUUUUUCAAUCUUAAAGGAGUCAAAUUCCUCUUACCCGAAAAGUGAGGACAUUGUGGAGAAAACACAUUACCAAAAUCUAAAAUUAAAAUGUUCACAAAUCUAUACUUGAUGGAAUUGUGAUCUUUCAGGAGCUGGUAUGUGGUGGCAUUUCUUAAAUAACCUGGAUGCUCUAUGGUUUAUCAGUGAUAAUAUUUUAUAAAUUAUUGUAUAUGUUGUAUAAGUGUAUUUUAAAAGAUCCAAGAGAUUUCACACAUUAUAUUCAGAAUUGAUGCAUGAAAGUUUUGUGGGUUUUUUUUUUUUUGUAUAUGGUAGUAAAAUUGUUUUAUAAAGUAGUUUUAAAAUUCAAGUUCUAAAUUUAGGGAAAGUUCAUUGUGAUAUCUCACUAUAUUUGUUUUGGUUUAGAGAAUCUCUUCAUUGAUAAUAAACUCAGGUGUUUAAUCAGACAUGCUGUGGGAAACAAACAGAAACUCAGGUACAAAGAAUAAGCUUUAGUUUUACCAUUUGAAGGAAAAUGAAAAUGUUCUUUAUAUAUAUAUAUAUAUAAUUAACUGAGAAGUGGCAUUAAAAUGUUAUUCCUAAUUCCAUGUUACUGUAAUAGGAAAAAUUAUAAAUGGAUAGGAUAGGACUCUUCCUGUAAGGUGUUUACUUGAUAGCCCAGUGUGUUCUAAAAGGACUUAAUGAAAGAAGAGUGAUAUCCAGUGUAAUUUAUGGAUGAUGUGAUACAGAAUUGCACACCUGAAAUCUAUGUAAUUUUACUAACAAUUGUCACCCCAAUAAAUUUAAAAAAUAAUAAAAUUUAAAAAAAAAAA